GACUUGUACCAACUCAUACCCUCCCUCCUACACCACCAGCUGCCACUCUUUAACAAAUACUUAUUUACCACCCAAACCCUCUUAUUUAUACUCUCACACAUUCUACUCUCCCAUUGUAGUAGUCUUCCACUCUUUCCUUUCCUGCCAAAAGGACAGGUGCUAAACCACUAACCCAAAUCAUCAAACCCAAAUCUUGACAAUGAAUCCCACCAAAAUCUUCAUAUGUUUCACCACACUCCUCUUCACAUACACACUAGCAGCCACUUCACCACCUUCACCAAUCACCCUAACCCCCACACCGGCACCAGCACCCGCACCGGACUACGUUAACCUCACCGAGCUCCUCUCGGUCGCCGGCCCAUUCUCCACCUUCCUCAAAUACCUCCAACAAACCAAAGUCAUUGAAACCUUACAAAACCAAGCAAACAACACUGAUGAAGGCAUCACACUCUUUGUCCCCAAAGACAAAGCCUUUACAAACCUUAAAAAACCAUCACUCUCAAACCUCACUGCAGAUCAACUCAAACAAUUGUGUCUGUUCCACGCGUUACCGCAUUACUACUCGCUGUCGGAUUUCAAGAACCUCAGUGACUCCGGACCGGUUAACACACUCGCAGGAGGCUCCUACACUUUGAACUUCACAGAUGUAUCCGGGACUGUGAAGAUCGGGUCGGGUUGGACCAACACAGAAGUUAGUAGCAGUGUGCAUUCUACCGAUCCGGUUGCGAUUUACCAAGUAAACAGGGUGUUGCUCCCGGAAGCGAUUUUCGGAACUGAUAUUCCGCCUCCGGCACCGGCGCCUGCGCCGGUCCCGGAUAUCGCUCCGGUUGCAGAUGCUCCGGAUGCGGAUGGGGGUAAGGGACGGGCUGGGAAGGCGUCGUCGCCUUCGGGUGCGGAUCGGGUUGGUGUGGGGAGGUGGUUGAUGAUGGUUGUGGUGGUUUAUGGUGGGUUUAUGGUGGUGUUGUAAGAUAUGUGAAGUGAUAAGGUUGAGUGGCAUGAUGGAGAAGUUAUUCUUUUGAUAUGGUAUUUAUGUAUUUGAUUGAUUGAUAUUGAAUUGUGUACUUGAAUAUGAAUGAGGUAUUUUUGUUGUAUAAUUUUAUGUGCACUACUAUAAGAAUUCUUGUUUA